AUGGCGAAGAAUUAUUGGGAGUUUUUCCUCUUCGGUUUAACCCUAGGUUUAAUGCUGAACUUGAGUCAGCAGGUUUCACUUUUCAAGAGAGAUUUCUAUACAGCUGGUGUGGUGGAGUUUAAGCCGUCCAAUGUGCUGUCCAACAAUCUAGCCGGCUAUUUGGAGAUAAUCAGCUCGCAGAAUGCCACUUCUCCGGACAUUAUUGUGUUCCCAGAGAGCACUCUUAACGUCAUGGGUCCCACGACCUUUGUGCCCAGUCCCGAGGAUCAGAUAAGCCCUUGUUUGAGUGAUCCAAAUGCAACCUACUUCGAGGAUUUUCUGGUGACCCUCUCAUGUGCGGCUCGCAAUGCCAGCAAAUACGUUGUGAUCAAUCUCACCGAGAAGCAGAAGUGCGAGGAUGUUCCCGAGGAUACGAGGCCCUGUGCCUCCAACGGACUGAAUGUCUUCAACACCAAUGUGGUCUUCGAUCGCCAGGGAGUGGUGGUGUCCAGGUAUCGCAAGGUUCAUUUGUACGGUGAAGCCAAGAACAGCACCUUCCUGCCGGAGUUGAGCACCUUUGAGACGGACUUUGGGGUCACCUUCGGGCACUUCAUCUGCUUCGACAUCCUGUUCUACACACCUGCUCAUCAGCUGGUGGAUCAGGGAGUCACGGACUUUGUGUAUCCGGCCAUAUGGUUCUCCCAACUGCCCUUCCUCACUGCUGUUCAGAUCCAGAUGGGCUGGUCCUAUGGCAACGAUGUGAAUUUGCUGGCUGCUGGAGCAAGUGAUCCCACUGUGGGAAAUAGUGGAUCUGGAAUUUAUCACGGACGCAGUGGGAAGGUGAAAAUCGACGCUGGAGAAACGGGUAAUCUUAGCCAGAUUCUGUGUCACGGUGGCUUCUGUUGUCACUUCGAUCUGGCCUGGAGAUCCUUGAGGAAUCCGUCGAGUAACACCAGUAACUACAGCUAUCGAGUGGGCAUCUACGAGGGUUGGCGUUAUGACAAUAGGUUGGAUGUCACCUAUAUUCGCAACUGUGGUUUGUUCACCUGCUCUGGGAAUUCAAUAGAUGAUAGUGGUCAGCUGCUGCCUGACCUACAGAGGCCGCUGGUGACCUUCACCCAUCUGGAGAUUGGGGUCACGUAUCCGCAGUCAAGGAAAUUCCUUCUGUUUCCCGAUACUCUGCUCGAUAAUCUUCUGCCUUUGGAGCGCAGCCAAUUUGAGUGGUCACAAAAACAGAUCUCUGAAGAGAGCCACCAAGUGCGAUUUGCCUUGAGCAAAUCCCUGGAGGUCAAACACCCCUUGACCUUUGGCAUUUAUGGUAAUUACUACAAGAAUGAGUGCACAGCUGGCGUGGGAACAGCAGAAGAGCAGUUGGAAUGCGGCUAUAAAAAUCCGAAAACAUAA